AAUGUUAGUGUCAAGGUCAGGGUGAAAAAAUAUCUUCUAGUCGUAUAAAAUUAAUUCGCCUUGUUCGGCCUUAAUUUCUGUUCGGAUUUGUUAGUAAAACACAACUUUCAUUAGAAUAUCGUAAUUUUAUCGAGUAUCAAGGAAUAAUGCAUUCCAAAUGAACAUCGGGUUUCGUCAGAAGUUGCUCCACAAACUUCUCAUUUUCUCUCAGACAAGAUCAAUUGGAGAUGCUAACACAAAUGUCUUUCCAAGACAAUUGUUUUUGCAUGACCGUGGAUACGUUCCUACUUUGGGACCUCCCGAAAUCACAAAAAUUUUACGUCUACACGAAUCGUCCUUGACUUCGAACAAGCGUGGUAGCUCCCCUAUAAAGGGAUAUGAUAGCAAUCAGCUAAAUGCCAAUAACCCUAUGGAAGAUAGACGGAUGCAGGCAAGGUUAUUGAACACAGAUGGUGUCUUAUUUGGAGUUUUAGAUGGUCACGCGGGGCCUUCGUGCGCUGAAUCUGUAUCUCAAAGGUUGCUCGAUUACAUAGCACUUGCAUUAUUACCAUCUAGUAAAUUGGAAGAUUUUAUAAAGAGACCCUUCACUCUGAUAAAAGAGCAUAAAAUGAAAUGUGUUCAAGACUGUAUAGACGACAUCUCAUCAAGUCACAGAGCCAAUCUUCAAAAGUUUGCAAGUGAAACACUUUCUGCUUCAGAUUGGGACGAUGAGGACGAAGAUCCUGUUGCUAAGGCCCUAAUAUCGGCUUAUAUACGUUUAGAUGCUAAUAUAGGACAUGAUGGCUUACCAAAGGAUGGGAAAUUAGAUGGAGAAUCUCUCGCUAUAGCAAUGAGUGGAAGUUGUGGUUGUGUAGCUCAUAUUUCAGAUUUGGACGUUCACGUUGCUAAUGUGGGCGAUACUAGAGGUGUUUUAGGAUCUCUAGCCGCCGAUGGCAAUUGGACAGCCAAAAUUCUUACGAAGGAACAUAAUUACGACAAUAAAUCGGAAGUCGAUAGGAUACUUUCUGCGCAUCCUAAAUCUGAAGAAAAGUUCGUUCUUCGAGACAGAAGGCUUCUCGGCCAGCUAGUUCCACUAAGAUCAUUUGGUGAUAUGAGAUAUAAGUGGCAAUCAAAUAGACUUCAAGAAGUAGUUAAUCUUAUUAAUUCACCAGCCGCCAGCCGCUUGAUUCCCCCCUAUUAUCAUACCCCUCCAUAUCUCAUAUGUACUCCCGAAGUUGGAAAUCACCGUCUUACAGUUCGUGAUCGUUUUUUGGUGCUAGCUUCUGAUGGCCUUUGGGAUAUGCUUUCAGCAGAUAAAGUCGUUCAAAUUGUUGGCAAUUUCUUGAUGGGAAAGGAAACAAAUACAAAUUUUGAAUUGCCUGCAGACGACAGAAGUCUUCUUAAAAUAGUUACCCUUUUAAAAGACAGAAGAGCAAGAAUAAAACACCGGACGGAGGAUGAGAAUGCAUCAACGCAUUUGAUAAGACAUGCAUUAGGAUACGAUCACAAACUCGUGUCAGAAAUGUUAGCUCUUCCAGAAGAUGUUGCUAGACUUCACCGGGAUGACAUUACGGUGACAGUGAUUUUCUUUGAUUCUGAUUAUAUAGCGCGAAAAGCUGCUGCCGAAGUGAAAAAUGCUUGACUUGAUAUCUUAAAAUGUGAUCGAUUGAUAAAAUCGAUUUUUUCACUACUCAAAAAUAAGAUUACAUAAUAAGUUAUCUUAUCAGUAUUAUGCAUUGAGAAAAAUAAGUAUAUUUCUUAUAUACAGCUAUAAAUUGUUCGGAUAUCUGGUUUUCUGACUAUCAGAAAAGAAAAUGAAUGGAGAUACACUUAUCAGUCUAUUGUUGUAACGGCCUUGAAUAAUUUCCUAUGAAUUUCGCUAAUCUCAACGAAUUAAGUAAAAGUUGUUUUUCAUUCAUUAAUUCGUUGAGAGGUUUGCUCGAAGCAGCAUAGAAUAUGCUGUUCUACCCUCUUCGUUUAAAUUAAUCAACUCUAAAUAACAAAAAAACUUAUUAUUUUCCGAAAAGUAUACUAAUUUGAAAGCCUGUGAAAAGCAAGAGAUCUGUUGAAAUAUCUAUCCUAUUUUCCAUUUUUAAUCAUUCCUAUUGAAAUAUUAUUUGAAUGAAAAAUAUACAUAUACUUUCUUAAUG